AAUGCGCUCUCGACCAUUCUACUGGGUAGAGAUCAGCUGGACUGCGCCUACUGCCACUUCGCGUCAACCACGCUGCAAUGCGGCCUUACGCCAACAAAUGAACAAGCCAUUUUAUCCUUAAGAACAAAACCUAAGGAUGGCGGACCUGCUGUUCGCGCAGAGCUCGCUGCACGAAGAAACGACACGGCUUGGCGAGGCUUUGCUUGUGCUUUCAGCUGACGAUAAGCAGCGGCAGGAGGAGAUAGCUGAACUUAAUGAGCUGCUUGCUCGGGUGAAGCGGCACAGCCUGGGCUCACGACCAUCGCCAUACAAGGCUACCCAACGGUCGCCCAGCCAUAGCUUCGCACGGAGCGAUGCGGCCAGCUCAGAGGCAGUGGAGCUCAGUCCGGGCGGCCCAACGGCCGUGCCCCGGAUGGUCGAGUCGGGUCUGGGCGCCCUGUCCUCCGCCAACAAAACCUUGUCUGCCUUCCAGACCCAGCUCAACUCGGGCCUGAGUCAACUGCAGCAGCAAGCCGACCAGGCGCGGCGGGCUGGGUCCAGCGUGCGGGCGCACGUGGACAUGCUGCAGCAGCUGGUGUCGCCGGGGAAGCCCGGCACCAUGGCCGGAGCGGGAGUUCAACCGGCACCUGCGGGGCACGCAGACGAGGCUGAGUCACUUCUCCGCGUGCUGCAGGAGGCGGCUCAGCAGCGGGCGGCGGCUGAGUCAGCCCUGCGUUCGCCAUCCCCCCGAAGCGGUGCUGGCGCUGAUGGCGCCCCCGGGAGGGCGGCCUGGGGCGAGGCAGACAUAUUUUCCUUCUUCAAAGCGCUGGAUGCGGCCGGUGCGGCCCCGGCAGCGCAGCCCCAGCGGGCGACGGCGCAGCUAAAGGACCAGGCGGCUCAGUCGCCUGCACACCGGGUUUCGCGUGACACCCACGGCGGCGCCGCACCGGACCAGCAGGCUAUGCGGAGGCUGCCGCAGCAGCCUCAGGAAGCGUCGCGCGAGGACGUCGCCUCGCUGCAGCGGUCUGUCUACGAGCUUGAGGCGCGCCGCAAUGAGCUGCUUGCACAACUAGAAAACAUGUCAUCCAAGGUGUCCACCUCCACUGUUGAGCUGGAGGCACUGCGCACAGAGGCUGUGCACGCGCAGCGGCAGUCAGCUGACCAAAGCCUGCAUGGCAAGCUGGAGCAGCUGAGGCAGUUGGACGGCCUCAUCCAGGCGAGCACUGCGCAGCUGACGGAGUUGGAGGCCAACAUCGCCGCAGCCAAUGCGGCCGCUGCAGCCGCGUCAGCCUCGGCCGCUGCCGCGGAGCCUGCGGGUGGCACUGAGGGCGCCAGCAAGGCGGCCCUGCGCGGGCACCGCUUCAAGCGCCGAGUUAAACGCCACCUCGCAACUGUCAGGCGCUCUCACUCGUGCAGCGACCUAGCGGCGGCAGCGGCAGCGGCUGCUGGGCAACAACCCUCCGAGUCUCACGGACAGCAAGAGGGCACGGCGGCGUCCACUGCAGUGGCGGCGUCGGGUACCGGCACCUCCCCUGCUCGGGUGCCGCCGCUACCGCCACCUGCUGAUACAGAGCCGGCAUACUCGCCCGCAAAGGCGCAGUUGCUGCAGCUGCGCAAGGAGCUACUCGCAAUCACCACAGAGCACAGCAAGGCUGUGCUGCAGCUGGAGCAGGAGCGGCACGCCGGCGUGGCGCAGCAGUGCGAGCUGGCGGCACUGCGCCAGACGCUGCGGUCCCACAAGUCCCUUGCCAUCACCACCAGCUUUGAGGGUGCCAGGAGCGCCUCCGCCUCCGCAUCCUCCACCGCCUCUGCCGCUACGUCCGGCAGCACCAGCGCAGCCCUGGCACGCAGCGGCGGCGGAGCCGGCACGAAGCGGCCGCUGAGCGUGUCUGUGUCGGGCAUGGAAGAGUUGCUGGAGGAGGCGGCGGCGGACCUGGAGCAGCUGGAGGGCCACGUCAGCUCCGUGACGCAGCGGCUGCUGGGGCUGCAGGGUCAGAACCUGGAGCUGGCGCAGCAGGUGGCGGCGGCGCUGCGGCGGCGCGCGGAGGCCGAGGCACAGGGCGGUGAGGAGCUGUGCCGCGCGCAGGCGCUGCGCGCUGAGGUGGACGGGCUGCAGCGGUCCAUUGCCACCGACCAGCAGGCAUCGGGUCAGGUGGCGGCGCAGCUGGCCGCCGCGCGGGAUGAGUUGGCGCAGCUAGAGGCGGAGGUGGGGCGGCAGCGGGAGGACCUGCAGCAGGGCCGCGCGGCGCAGCAGGCGACCGAGGCUGCUGCGUUGGAGGCGGAGCAGCGGCGGCUGCAGUCCCUGCACGCCUUGGAGACGGCGGAGCAGUCGCUCAAGGCGGCGGAGCAUGGGCUGCAGCAGCUGCAGCAGGACCUGCAGCAGGCGGAGUCCCGCAUGAAGCAGGCUGAGGCAGAUGCAGAGGCUGCGCGGCAGGAGGCCGGCGGGCUCUCUGCAAGCGCUGAGCAGGCCCGCCGUGAUGCCGCGGAGGCUGAGCUUGUCUGCUCCCAGCUACGGAUGGAGGCGGCUCGUGUGCGGGAGGAGCUGGGCGCCCUUCGAGUGGAGGUGUCAACACUGCAGGCGGAGCGUGUCAAAGCAGACGAGGCAUUGCAGGCUGCCAGGCAGCAGCAUGGCGACGCCGAGGGCUUGCUGCAGGCCUGCACCGCCGAACUGCAGCUGUCCCGCUCGGAACUGCAGCAGGCGCUGGCCGCUGCACAGGAGGCGCAGGCACACCUCUCCAAACUGCAGCAACAACAACAGGAGCUGACGAGCACCGCUGAGCGGCAUGAGCAGCAGACCGCCGCCGCCGAGCGUGGCGCUGCCGCCGCACAGCAGGAGCUCGAGACAGCCCGCGAGCAAGCGGCGGCGGCGCGGCAGCAGCUGGCGGAGCUGACGGCGCAGGUGGCAGCGCUACGCGACGUGGCGGCAGCGGCUGGCCUCGGAGGCAGCGCCGGCGGCUAUGGCAGGAGCGGCGCCGCCAGCGGCACGCCCAGCAUGCAAGCCACGCCCGCCAGCGGUCUGGGCUUCGCGCCGCCGGGUAUGCACCCGGCAGCGGCUGGGCACUAUGGGCCGGGGCUGGUGGCGAUGCCGGCGCUGGAGAUGAGCGGCAGCUUCAUGUCCAUGGGUGGCGGCGUCAAUGCCUUUGCGGCGCAGCAGCACCUGUCCACCGUGGUUCAGCUGCAGGGCGAGAUCGAGCGGCUGCAGGUAGCAGCCGUCCAGGCUCAGUCACGGCAGCGGAUGGCGGAGCAGCGUGCGGUGGACGCAGAGCACAUGUGCAGUGAGCUGCAGGCUCGGCUCAGCAGCCUGCGUGCGAAGCAGCAAGACACCGCGCUGCGGGCCGCAGAUCUGGAGGGCGCAGCUGCGGCCGCCGCGGUGGCGCACGGACAACAACCUGCCUCGAUAACUGCAAGUGCCGCCGCGCACACCUGGCGACUCAAGGCUGAGGAGCUGCAGCAAGAGCUGGACGCGUCGCAGCAGAUGCUGGGGCGCUACAAAACGCGACUGGCAGCCGCCCAGGAGGAGUGCACCGGGCUGGAGGAGAGCCGGCAGCGGGAGAAGGCCGCGGGCGCGCGGUUGCGGCAGCAGGUCGAGGCCCUGCAGCAAGAGGUUGCAGCGGCCAGCGCUGCCGCACCCCUGCCGGCCGCAGCCAGCACCGUGACGCAGCUGCUGGGUCAAACAACCCGUGGAAAGGCCACAGGCGCGAGGGAGCUGGAGGACAUGGACGCGCAGGUGGACGCGGCAAAGCAGGAGCUCCGAAAGCUGCAAACACAGGUGUCGCGGCAGCAGGAGCUGCACUCGGAGCUUUUGGAGGAGCAGGCGGCGCUGCGGCGGCAAGGCGCGGCGCUGCGGCAGCAGAUGGAGGAGGCGGCGGGGCAGCUGGUGGCUCUCAAGGCGCAAUACGAGAAGGGGAAGCUCAAGGUGGAGCAGCUCAAGGCACAGCAGGCCAGCCUGCACGGCCGCAUCGAGAGCCUCGGCGCAAAGGAACAGGCGGCGCAAGCUCGCGUGGACGAGCUGCAGCGGCGCCAGCAGCAGCUGGAGGCGCCCGCCACCUCCAAACAUAUGCAGCGUGGCACAGCCACGGACAGCGGCACUUCGGCGGAACUGCGCGCUCAGCUGGAGGCUGUCCAGAACGAGCUGGCAACAGUGAAGGCUGAGCUGGGUGCUGUUGAGGAGGCUCGCUCCGAAGCCCAUGCAAGUCAGCAGGCCGUGGCGGUUGACGCAGCCGCUAGCGCAGAGCAGGUGGCCCUGCUGCGGCACCAGCUACAGGCUGUGAAGCAGGCCGCAGCGGCGUCGGAGGAGGCGCUUGCAGAGGAGCGUCGCCGGCUGCAGCAGUGCCGGACCGAGCUCGCUGCCUCGCAGGACGUCGCCUCCACACAGCGCUUGCAGCAGGACAUUGCGCAGCUGCAGGCCCAUGUGAGGGAGCUGCGGGCCGCCCAGGCGGCGCCGGCGGAGGCAGCGGCGGCACCCUCCAAGUUGGCGGCAGCCGCCUCCACACCAAACAGCCCACUACAGCGAGAGGGCGCGCUCGUGCCUCGCACCAGUGACGAGGCCAGCACUCCGGCUGCGCAUGCGCUGGUGGUUCGGAGGGAGCAGUCGCAUGUACCCGCGGUGUGGGAGGGCACGCCCACGGAGCUUGCCGACGCCCGCCGGGAGCUCCACGCGUUGCAACUGCGAAUUGCCGUCGCAUGCGCCGAUGAGGCACGCCUGACCGCAGCGUGCGCGGAGCUGAGGCGCCAGCAGGCGACAGCGGAGCAUGACGUGAUGACGCGCCGCCAGCAGGUGGCGGAGAUGGAGCAGCGGCUGGGCGCUCUGCAGCUCCGCGCGGCCAACGGCGCCAAGGAGGCGGAGGUGGCGGCAGAGCUUGCUGAGCUGCGGGACCAGGUGAGGGCCGCGCAGCAGGCCGCCCACACGUCGGAGGCAGCCGCUGCGGAGGCCCAGCACCAGGCGAGCCUGGCGGGCAUGCAACUGGCCCAUGCCGAGGAGCAGCUAAAGCUGCAGCAGCAGCAGGCCGCGGCGCAGCUGGAUGCGCUGGCGCCUCGUUUGGCAGAAGCCCAGUCGGCUGCGGAGCGGGAGCGGCAACGGAGCCAGGACCUGGCGAAACAGCUGGACGAGGCCAAUGCGCAACUGCGUCAGCAGGCUACUGACCACACCGCAGCGCUGCGUGCACGGUCGCAGGAGCAGGCUGAGGCUCUUGCAGUGCAGGCGCAACAGCACGCCGCAGCCGUGGCCAAGCUGGAGUUAGAGGUUGAGAGCGCCUGCGCGCGAGAGCGCACUGCCGCGGAGGCGCUGGUCGGUGAGCGGGCAAAGGUUGAGCAACUGCAGGCGAAAGCUGUGGCGCUGGCCGCGCAGGUCUCAGAGGGCAGCAGCCAGGAGCAGCAGCUGACGCAGGAGCUGGAGCAGACGCAACACCUGCUGGCAGACGUGGAGGCCACCGUGCGAAAGCUGGAGGCGGAGGCGGCGAGACUGGCAGAGCAGGUGGCGCAGCUACUGCUGCAAGGAGCCGGUGAUGCAGAGCACCUGGCCCGGUUGCGCGGUGAAGUUGCCGGGCUGCAGGCAAGCUUGCAAGAGGCUGGCGCUGCCUGGGUGGAGGCGGAGGAGCGGGCCGCCGUCGGUGACGCGGUGGCGGCGGCAGCGCGGCAGGAGCUGGCUGCCUUGCGUCAGCAGGUGGAGCAGCUCCGUGAAGAGCUGUCUGCUGCCAUUGAGCAGCGGGACGGCGAGAGCGCUGCCAAAACGGGGGCGCAAGAAGCCGCAUCUAGAGCCGAGGCAGCAGCUGCAGCAGUGCAGCAGGAGGCGGGUACCCUGCGUCAACAGGUCGCAAGCCUGCAGCAGCAGCUGGCAGCGGCGGAGGCGCACGCUGGCGAGUCACUGCAGCGGCUUCAGGCGGUGGCGGCUGACCUUGACAAACAGCUCUGCUCUGAGCAGGAGCUGACGUCGGCGCUGCAGCAGCAGGCAGACGCUUUGGCUGCGGAGCUGGCGGCUGCAAAAGCCUUGGCGGAGCAGCUGGAGUCGGAGCUUGCAACGGCUCGGGCAGAAGUGGCGGUGGCGGUCGAGCGGGCUCAGGACCUUGAGACAGCGGCAUCCAUGGCGGCAAACCAGGAGGCUGCCGACGUCAGGGGCGUGCAUGCGCUGGCUGACCAGCAGGCAGCGGAGCUGGGCGCCACCCACAGCGGCUGGGUGCAUGAGUGUGAAAUGCUGCGCGGCAUGAUUGCGGAGCGUGAAGCGCAGAUCUCGCAGCUCCAGGCUGAGCUGGAGGCAACGUCGCAGGGCGUCCUGUUGCAAGCUGCUGACGCCCCCCAGCCACCGGAACUGGUGGGACCCCACCAGGACCAGGACCAGGGAGACGCAGCUGCCGACAGCCCGCGCACUCCGGCCCGGAAGCAGGUUGCUGUAGCCAACAGCAACGAGGACCAACAGCAGCUGCGGCUGCAGGACGCAGCGCUGCAGCAGCUGGUGGCCGACUGCGCCGCGCUGCGGGAGCAGCGGGAUGCGGCGCUGGCGCAGCUGGCGGCAGCGGCCGCGGCCCUGGACGUCGCGGAGGCGGGCGCGCGGGAGCUAAUGAUGGACAAGGAGCAGCUGGAGGCGGACGUGGCACGGCUGCAGCAGCUAUCGCUGGAUGCACUAGCUGUGUUGGGGCAUCAGCAGCAGCAGCAGCAGCGGAGCGAGUCGCAGGUGGAGCCCAUGGCGCCUGCUUAUAGCCAUCUGCUUGGUGUGCCGCUGCUGGUGGUGGCUUUGCUGGCUGUUAACAAGACGUCUACCGUGACGGUGGAGGACGCCUCGCGGAGGGCCGCUGAGGCGCAGGCGGCAGACGGGCCCAGCUGCGCCGGAGCUGCCGUGUGUGACCAGGUGUCACAGACGGAGUGGCCUGAGCCAACGUGUCGCCCUGCUGAGUCCCAGACGGUCCUCGACACUGCCAGCAGUGCUGCGCAAACGGAGGCGGCCCAAAUUGCGCACACAGCAGCCCAGACGCAACCCAGCAUGACCAGCGCAAGCCCCGGCAGCCAGGCCGAAGCUGAGGGCGGUGAGCGGCUGGCGGUGCAUGACACAGCCCAGGUGUUGCAGCCGCGGCAGCUGCUGUCACAGCUGCCGCCACAGCAUGACGCAGACGCCUACAAGCAGCUCCUUGACGUGCUGGCUGACCGCGCCGCGCUGCAGCAGCACGUGGCCAUCUUGCAGGCGCAGCUGGAUGUCGCCGCACGGGACCGCUCGGAUCUGGAGCGGCAGGCGGGCUCCCUGGAGGCGCAGCUGGAGCAGCUGCAGUGCGACCAGGAGCAGCAGCUGGUGCUCAUGCACAUCCAGAUCGAGGCGCUGAGAGGACAGCUCAUGGCCUGGCGCGCCGACGUCGAGGCGGACGCCGGGGCCGCGGCCGUAACGGCGCAGCUGGCCGCCGCGGUGGCGCAGCAGUGCCAGCAGCAGCCCCGGUCCAAAGCAGACGAGGCGGAGGUCACGGCGGCUGCACUCGUCACGCCGAUGGGCAAGGGCGCGUCAGCCUGUGCCGCGACACAGACCUCCCGCAGCGUGACACCGGCGGCAGCGACAGUAGCAGCCGCAACCACGCCUGUGCCUGCUGCCGCUGCUGGCACGCCCUUUACACCGGCGUCAGCGGCCUCGCCUGCGGCGUCCAUAUCUGCGGCACUUGCGGCAGCGUUGGGUGGCGCCUCGCCACUGGACGUGGCCCGGCUGCAGGGCCAGGUGGUAGAACUGACGUCGCGACUGCUGAGGGCGCAGCGGGAGGCAGCGGAGGCAGAGGUCAGGGCUCAGGAGCAGCAGCGGGUGGCGGCGGCUGAGGCGGCGGCUGAGGCAAUGGUUGGCAUGGCGGCACUGAGCGGGGAGCUGUGCGAUGCACGGGAGCAGGAGGAGGGCGUGCGGGCAGAGCUGCGGGCGGCGCUCCAGGUGCAGAGCGUGCUAAGUCAGCAGCUGGCUGCAGCGCAAGAGCAGUUGGUUGCUGCCGUUGCUGCUGCAGCAGCACCGCCGCUGCAGCCCAGCACUGAUGUGGGCGUCGCCACAGAGCCGCCUGCGUGCUGCUCCCUUGGGACACAGGCGGACGCUGAGGGGCCCCCGCUGGCCCGCUGCGACCGCGAAGCCCAAACGGAAACCGAUUUGUUGCCACGUGCCGCAGCGGAAACGCAGACGGAGCACCUCGCAGCUACCGCCAGCGGAUGCACACAGACGUCGCAGCGCGCCCUUGCCCGUACCCAGGCGGAAGCUGUGUCCAUUGCUGCCGCUGUAGUGGUUGAUGCCAGCACGCAGUCCCAGACUGUUGCUGAACUUGAGGCGGAGCUCGCCCAGAGCCUCAGACAACAGCUGGAGCUACUGCAGGGCCAGCAGCAGGCUGAGGCAGCCAAGGACGAGGCAGCGGCGGGGCAGGUGGCGCAGCUGCGCUCGCAGCUGUCGGGAGCCGACGAGAAGGCGGAGGCCGCUGAGGCGGAGCUGCAGGUGCUGAAGGAGCGCUGCCAGCACCUGGAGACAGAGCUGGAGGAGCAGCGGACCGACGAGGCGGCACGGCUGCGGGGCGUGCAGGCCGAGUUUGAGCGCCUGGAGCAGCAGCUCACGGUGGAGCUACAGUGUUCUCAGGCGGCAGCCGAGCAGGCGGUGGACGCGCUGCGAGCCUGCCAGCAGGAGCUGACGCAAGUACGGCAGCAGUCGCGGCAGGCGCUACAGGAGGCGCCCCGGGCCACACAACUUGCGGCGCUGCAGCCGCGCCACGCAUCAGCGCUUCCACCGCCAACGAACCAUAGCCGCCAAAGCACAGGCGACAAGCAGCAGCAGCACCUGCGGCGAGCGUCUGUGGACAGCAUCUGUGUUGCAGAACGGUCCGGCAGCUCAGGCAGUGGGACAUCGCUGCCGGCACUUCGCCUCGAGGCCUCACUUGCGAGCUGGUCUCAGCCAGGCGUCCCGCCGGCUGGAGAGCGCAAACCCGCCAUGCUCCCUCCUGCUGCGCCUGCAGCGCAACAGCCGCCCCAGGGCUUGAACGAAAGCCUGCCCGAGCCCGCUACCCAAGCGCAGGCCCAGCAGCAUCAGCAGCAGCAGGCACCGCCGCAGCAAGCCAGGGAGGCACAGCAGGACCAGCAGGCGCCAGCGCCGCAGGCGGGCCAAAGGGAGCUCUCCGCAGCCGCGCUGCAGCGCCAUUGCGCCGAGCUGGAGCGGCAGGCGGCCGCGCAACGGGAGGAGCUGUCGCGCCUUCGCUCACGCCUGGCCGCCACGGAGGCCCGCCUGGGUACCGCCAGCCAACAACUGGCGGCGCUAAAUGCCGAACUGCGCACACGGGAUGGUGCGGAGGUAGACACACACACGCAGCUGCAGCAGCGCGUGGACGAGGAGGCGAGGCUCCGGGUGGCGCAGCAGGCGGCCGAGGACGCGAGGCUGCUGCUGGCGGUAAAGGUGCAGCUGGCGGAUUGCCGGGAGCAGCUGGCGAGCCGGGAGGCAGAGCUGGCGAGCCAGCAGGUAGAGCUGGCGAGCCGGCACAUAGAGUUUGCGGCGGCGCGGGAGGCGGCGGAGUCGGCGCUGUCCGAGCUGGAGGGCAUGCGGCGGGAGGCGCAGGCUCUGAAGGCAGAGCUCGAGCAGCUGCGGCAGCAGGGCCCGUCUGCUGAUACCGUCAUGCGCUUGAACGGCGCGGCGUCAGGUGGCGAGGCGACGGACCGGGAUGCGGUAGAGGUGCCGGCUGCGGGCGGGCUGCCGGUGCUGGAGGCCCCUUGUGAGGAGGCUGGGGAGUGGGCUGUGGACGCGGUGGUUCAGCGGGUGAUGGCCGCCCUGAUGGCGCCGCUGCAGCAACUGAGCGCCGCACAGCACAACGCCAAUGUGGCGGCCAGCGAUGGCGAGGCGGCGCCUCAGCACGGCCAUGCCUAUGGGCGGGAGCAGGCGGGCAGCGAACUGGACACACGUGAGGCGCCCGCGCCUGUUGCUGGGCAGUGCCGGCGCAGCCUGUGCAGCCUGCGCGAGCACCGGCAAUACCAGCACCAGCAGCUGGUCCGCCGGCUGACGCGGCGUGUGCUACUUCAGGCCGGCCUGCACUCGGCGGCAUGUGGAGACGUGAGCGGCAGCGAGGAACGCGAGCGCGGCAGCGCUGGUUGCGCCGGCUGCUGCAGUGACGGGGAGGCCAGUGGCCUGGAGGACGACGAGGUGGGCAGCGGUGCCGAGCUGAGCGUUCGCAGCGGCAGCUACCUUGCCCGACUGCAGGAGUUCUGGACCAGCGAUACCGAGACGGAAGCCCUCACGCCCAGCCUCUCCCCACGCUUCGCGCGCCUGCACGCCCACCUCCGCCGCAGCCGUGACAGUGGCUGCUCCGGCUACCGCGGCGGCCGGCCCAGGCUGCCGGCGUUGCGUGCCGCUGGCAUGCGGCCUGGCAUCCCGCUCAGCAGGCGGCCGGCCGUGUCCUGCGCCUGCCAAACGGACAUCCCAGCGGAGCCCUCGCCGCCGGCGUACGCAGGCGCGGCGGCGGAGCCGCUGGCCCGGGUGACUGCGGCCGCUGCCGCGAACCUGGCGGACCUGCAGCGGCAGCAGGCGGCGCUGCUGGUGCAGGUGUCGGCGCUGCGCUGCCAGGCGGCGGAGGCGGACGCGCUGUCGGCCGCCCGCAGCCGCCACGUCGCGGAGCUGCAGCUGCGGGAGCAGCAGCUGACCGCCGCAGUGGAGGCCCUGCGCCGCCAGGCGCAGGCGGCUGUGGCAGACAUGCAGCACAGCGUGCAUGCAUGCCAGGCGGCCGGCGAGGAGGCGCUGGUGUCGCUGGAGGCGGAUAUCAGGCAGCUGCGGGAGGCGCGCGCAGGCACGGUGACGGAGCUGGAUCAGACGCGGGCGCUGCUGGCCGGCACUGUGCGGGCGCUACGGCUGGGCCGGGCGUCGCUGCAGGCACGCAAGGCAGUGGAUAGCGCGCUUGCGGGGCUAGUGGCCUCAGCGGCGAUUGACAAUGGCGUCAGCGGGCCUCAGGCGGUGCACCACGUGCGUGUGGUGUUCAACUGCAUGUCGGAGCUGUGCGGCCGCGCGGAGGCGAUGUCGGCGGCGCUGCUGCCCGUGGUCGCCCAGCUGUCAGCGCCCGUAGCGGCUGCUCAGCCGCGGACGGCUGCUGGCAAUGACGCUCCCAACAGCACUGCCGCGCCUGCCGUUGCCGCCGCAAAUGCAGCAAUGGCAGCGGCUGCUGGAGCAGUAGCAGUGGAUGCGGCAACAGCGGCUGUAGCAGUGGCGCAGCUGCAGGCUGAGCUGAGACGGGUGAAGAGCCAGCUGCAUGAGCGUGCUCGCAAGUACGCGGGCGUACUCAAGGCGGUCGUGGCCGGCAAGCAGCUGCCAGCUGAACGACUGCUGGAGGGCUUCCAGCGACUGUGGGCCGCCAGCGAGCAGCAGCUGGGCCGCCUGGCGGACCUCCCGCUGCCACCAGCAGCAGGAGCAGUAGCGGCGGCACACCCCAGCAGCGAAGGCAGCCAAGCACGUGUGGAUGGAUCCCACGUGCCGGACUGGGCAGAGAGCGUGCCCGUGGCCAGCCGCGCGGCAGCUGGCGCGCAGCACGACGCCGCUGCUUCAGGACCUGCAACAAAAGCUGUCAUAGACACCAUAGCAGCGGGGAGAGCAACACGGGCACCACUGGUGGCUGUUGAGAACCGGGUCGGGCACAACGGGCCCCGGCAGGUUAGGAGCACGGCAGCACAGCCGCUCCUGACUUCGCCCAAGCGCGGCGCGCCAACGUCUCCGGAUGAGGAGGACGGCGCCGGCGGCGGGCGCCAUCCACAGCGGCGCCACCAGCAAUUCGAGGUGGAUGAGGACACGCCGCUGGCGGUGGGACUGAGGUGGGAGGCAGGGGCAGGAGCCAAGGUGGAGGCGCAGCAGCGGCACCGGCUGCAGAGCCAGCUGCAGCACGUGAUGAGCCUGGCAAAGAAGCUACAGCGGGGGCCAGAGGCUUCAGGUUUGGGUUUGGGUUCGGGCUUGUAAGCGUGGCGCCGUCGGGUUGGGAGGCUGCGCACGCUUCCGCUGGUUUUGCAUAACAUGAGGACCGACGUCGAAUACGGUAUUUGAGUCGCAUUCUUAGCAUUUAAUCGGUCGAGGUAUUAGCCCCCAGCACUCUGCAACGGUGGGACCUGGAAGUGGAAACUUGACAGGUAUUGGUCAGGAAGCCACUGCCCCUGGGCCCUAUCAGUGAUCCAUGGAACAUUUGUGUUUCUCGAUAUUUAUGGGCAAAUCCUGUGCCUUGAGAGUAUGGGCGGUUGGUGAACGCACGACAGUAUACUGCGUUGGGGAUCAAGGUGCUUGUGCUCCAUGCUUACUCGUGAUGCUUACUCGUAUUCAAGUAUUCACAAUGAGUACGCUCUGCUGGCUGUGUGUACUCCUUUGUCAAACGGUUCAACUUCGUGGGCCUGCUGAAUGACUUGCGCUCGCGCAUUCCGGCGCACCGCAGCCAGCGCCGCGAGCCCUACCUCGUCACCAUGGCUGGCCCCAGUAGGUUGCACGUGUGCUUGUCUACGCGCUUGUGACUGUGCGUUUACCCGCAGAGCUUGCAGUAGCGCUCAAGGAAUCCAGGUCUACAUGCAAGCCGCGCGGUCGCGUGGAGUAUCCCCCGCUUCCUCCGCUUGCCAAGCACAGUGCACGGUGCACGGUGGUGGGGCUCAGUCGGUCGGUCCGGAGGGGACCUUGGGACGAUUUGGGUCGUGGGGUCCAUAUUAUUAGU